AUGGCGGCGGACAUGAACAAGUGCUCACCUGCACCACCGCCGGCCGACAUAGCAGCUCAUGAUAGAAGCGCGGUCGCAUCAGCGAUUAAGCCGAAUAAGAAGAAGCAGCAGCACGAGGAAGAGGGUGACGAGGAAUGGCUGAGGUACCUGGAGCCGUCCAAGCUGGAGGUGUUCGACGAGCUGGAGCCGUGGGCGGAGGCCAACGUGCUGCCUCUCCUCAAGCCCGUGGAGGCGGCGUGGCAGCCGUCGGACAUGCUGCCUGACCCGGCGAUGCUGGGCGCCGACGGCUUCCACGCGGCCUGCUCCGAGCUCCGUGCCCGCGCGGCGGGCAUCCCCGACGCGCACCUCGUCUGCCUCGUGGGCAACAUGGUCACCGAGGAGGCGCUUGUUUCGCAUGCCUACCCACCGUCCAAGCUGGAGGUGUUCGACCAGCUGGAGCCGUGGGCGGAGGCCAACGUGCUGCCUCUCCUCAAGCCCGUGGAUGCGGCGUGGCAGCCGUCGGACAUGCUGCCUGACCCGGCGAUGCUGGGGUCCGACGGCUUCCACGCGGCCUGCUCGGAGCUCCGUGCCCGCGCGGCCGGCAUCCCCGACGCGCACCUCGUGUGCCUGGUGGGCAACAUGGUCACCGAGGAGGCGCUGCCCACGUACCAGAGCAUACCCAACCGGUUCGAGGGCGUGCGCGACCUCACCGGCGACAGCGCCACCGCCUGGGCGCGCUGGAUCCGCGGCUGGUCCGCCGAGGAGAACCGCCACGGCGACGUGCUCAACAGGUACCUCUUCCUCUCCGGCCGCGUCGACAUGCGGCGGGUCGAGGGGACCGUCCACCGGCUCAUCCAGUCCGGCAUGGUCAUGAACGCCGCGCGGAGCCCGUACCACGGCUUCAUCUACGUGGCCUUCCAGGAGCGCGCCACCUCCAUCUCCCACGGCAACACGGCGCGCCUCGCGAGGGAGCACGGCGACGCGGUGCUCGCGCGCGUGUGCGGCGCCAUCGCCUCCGACGAGAAGCGGCACGAGGCGGCCUACACUCGAGUCGUGGGGAAGCUGUUCGAGGUCGAUCCGGACGGCGCCGUGCGGGCGCUGGCGUACAUGAUGCGCCGCCGGAUCACCAUGCCGGCGUCGCUCAUGGACGACGGCUGCCACACGCCGGGCGGCGACCUCUUCGCGGACUACGCGGCUGUGGCGCAGCAGGCCGGGGUGUACAGGGCCUCCGACUACCGCGGCAUCGUGGAGCACCUGAUCAAGCAGUGGCGCGUGGAGGAGCUGGGUGACGGGCUCACCGGCGAAGGGAGGCGCGCCCAGGAGUACGUCUGCGCGCUGCCGCACAAGAUCCGCAGGCUGGAAGAAAGGGCCCACCACCGUAGUGCUCAGCGGCCCACAAAGUCCGUCCCGUUUAGCUGGAUCUUUUGUAGGCCCGUCAACCUCUAA